CAGCCCCCGCCCGCCGCCGGCAGCCCCCCACCGCCGGGACAUGGCCACGGAGCCCCCGCGGCCGGCGGGGCGCCCCGAGGGCGGGCGCGGGUGCUGCGCGGGCGGCGGGCGCGGCGAGACGGAGGAGGCCGAGGCCGCGGCCCAGCCGGUGCUCGGCGCCUCCCCGGGCCCCGCGGCGGCGGGGGGCGGCCGGCGGCGGGCGCUGAACGGAUGCGUGCCGCUGUCGCACCAGGUGGCCGGGCACAUGUACGGCAAGGAUAAAGGCGGCAUACUGCAGCAUCCAGAUGGAACUGUCCUGAAGCAGUUGCAGCCACCACCUCGUGGUCCCAGGGAGCAAGAGUUCUACAACAAGGUUUAUGACUCCGACUGUUGCGACAGCAUUCUUCUGCAGCUGCGGGAAUAUCUGCCAAAAUACUUCGGUGUCUGGUCACCACCUACUGCACCAAAUGAUACAUAUCUAAAACUGGAAGAUGUGACCCGUAAGUUUAAUAAGCCCUGCAUAAUGGAUGUAAAAAUUGGUCAGAAAAGUUAUGAUCCCUAUGCUUCAGCAGAGAAGAUACAGCAGCAGGUCAGCAAGUACCCGCUGAUGGAAGAGAUUGGCUUCUUGGUUCUUGGAAUGAGGGUGUACCACGUGUCUUCAGACAGCUAUGAGACUCAAAACCAGCACUAUGGAAGGAGCUUGACCAAGGAAACAGUGAAGGAUGGCAUCUCAAAGUUUUUCCACAGUGGGUACUGCUUGAGAAAAGAUGUGGUAGCUGCCAGCAUUCAGAAGGUUGAAAAGAUUUUGGAGUGGUUUGAGGGCCAGACACAGCUCAACUUCUACGCAAGCUCAUUGCUGUUUGUCUAUGAAGGUUCAUGCCCAGCCACAACCGUGCGGCUCAGUGAUGUCACCUUGGCAGAGAAGAGAAGAGUGCCCAAAGGCCUCUUAGCAGCUGGAGACGUAUUGGAGUACAAUAAUAACAUCCAUGUCAUAAAUUCUACAGAGAAUGGAAAAAUCGAAGCCUCUGUAGGUAAAGGCUUGUCUAAAUUUUAUGCACUUCACAAAAAGGCGUGCUCCAAAAGGCACCACAGUCAGCUCUCGCUAAAAGUGGAGAACUCAGAGCAAGACAAUGUGUGGAAAACCAGCACAUGCAUUACGCAGGAGCACCUGAAUGGAAAUGUUCUACCCCAACUGGAAAAAGUUUUCUAUCACAUGCCAGCAGAGCCCAAGGAAAGUGCAAAUGUCGAAGUGCGAAUGAUCGAUUUUGCUCAUGUGUUUCCCAGCAACACAAAGGAUGAGGGCUAUAUUUAUGGUCUGAAGAAUCUCAUCACAGUACUGCAAAAUAUUUUGGAUAACUAAAUUCUUUGCUAUGUUUUUUAUUGGGGGCCAAUGAUAAAGAGCAACAACAUGAAGAAUUUCUGCACUUGUAAUGCUGUAUAACUGGGUUUGUAUUGUUCUAUAUUUUAUUUGUCUUUGUACUUUUGGUAGAAGGGUUUAACUUUUUAUAAUUUCACUCAGGAAAAAUAUUGAUAGUUAAUUAGGAAGUGUGAAAGGAUGAAGAUACUUGAGAUAAAGCAGGAUAAGUAAAUUAAUAGAAUGAAAUGUAUGUGGUUGGCUUAAGUCCAAGGUCUACCAGAAGCAAGGGUUGUGUUAAUUCCUCUAAUGACUUUAGCAUAGAUGACAUAUUUGCCCAUUUAGCCUUGACACUGAGCCACAUCUCCAUUAAGAGGUGUUUAGAAAAUAGACUGAAAGUUGUAAGGUGCAGGAUUGAUGUCCUCAGUACUGCCCUUGUGUUUACUGUAUUUGAAUAACUGGAGUAACUCUGCUUGGAGAGAAAUCCCAUUCUGAGUCAGCAGUCUCACCUGAAGCCAGUGCAUCCCAAAGUGCUUUUCCAUGUCACGGGACAAUAUUGUUGUUCUUUCAGCCCUUCCCCCUUCGUAGAUGUCUGUAGCUGGUGUUCACCACAGAUGAGCUACCAUGUAAUUUGUGUUGAGGUGCUAAGAAAAUGCUGGAGUACAAUACCAUAACAGGCUUAAACUGCACAACUUCCAGAGAAACUGUUUGUUCCUAAGAACGAGCGAAAGAAGGCAAAUGCAAGAUGUUCCAGGAACUAAUUUGGAUUAGGAGAUUAUGUCAGUCUGUUAAUGGAGUAUGUGAUGCUGUGAUUAAGGAAAAUGUCUCACUCUGUUGUUCUCGUGGCCCUUCUCCAACAGCAUUGCUUUAAAAAGCAAACCAGUAGAAUGGGGAAACAAGUGUUUAGGGUGAGCGUGCAGAGCUCUCCUGGCUGUAAGCCUCUUGCAUUUUUGCAGUGAGUGUUUGAUGCUUCAGCACUGACUGGAACCUCAAGCAACAGAGGCAGAGGAGCCUCCUGCGAGAUCGUCCAGCCUUGGAGCCACCAGCUGUGCCACCCUUGUGCCAGAGGAGCUGUGGCUCUCCGUCCUGGGCUCCAGACACUGCAGGUUUCUUUAUUGACACACAGGCAGGCUGUGUAAUUUGAAAGCUGUCCCAUUUCCCUUCCUUUUCACAGGAAAAAGUCAACGUUUGUGUGGAAUGCUUGAGAUAAGGAUGAUGUAUCCAAAGCAGUUUUGGUGUGUCUCUUCUGUAUGUUGUGUAGGUGGCUGUGCUGCCAUGCAUUUUACAGUGAGCUGUAUGAAAAGUGGGAAUGGAGGAGUCCUGCCAUCCCUAGAACAAGAUUUUAAUGCUUAAAGCAUUUCCAGGACGAAAAUGUUUUAGAAUGGACUUGGUCAUUGGAAACACACAUCUUUUUCAUGUGGACUUAGUGACCCUGUGGCCUUGCUGCUCUCUCUGUAUGAUGUUCUGCACUAUGCACUCAGCUGUGUUCACAUCUUGACAAGGUCUUCAUUGGACAUCUGUUUUCUACAUGACAAAGAGAUUCAUACUUUUUCAAGCAAAUACGCUGUUUUAAAUAAAGCUGAAUUUUUAGCUCUAUCUGAGAACUUGGGUUAAUUGGGAGAAACAGGGUAUUACUAUGUGUAGAAUUACAUGAUUUAAACUUUGGAACUCAUGUUGGCCAACACAUUCAAGAAUGAAACCAACCUUUUAGUAACAUGAUGUUUUAGAAGUAUGGAAAAAGGGGCUUGCAGGAAGGGUGAGACCAGUGUGUUAAAAAUUUUAUGUGAAAUACAGUGAAGUCUGAGGGGGAAAGUACCAGGAAGAGAGGAACCUUUUUCCUACCUGGUAUUUCUCUUGCACCUUAUAGUUAAUAUAUUCCCAACUCUCUGUGAAUUAAUUUAAGCCAUAUUCUAGAAAGAGUUUGUGGUUUUGUUUGCUUUGUCACUCUGUUAUGAUUUUGUUGUUUAUCCCUUAAAUAGUCAACACUAGAGUAGUCCUGACUGGUAGUGGCCUGGUAUGAUAAAGGUACAAGGUUUUAUAGGAAAAUAUGGGCAAAAACAUUUUAACAUCACCAUUUUUGUCCUCCCUAAUUCAUCUCUUCUGGGUUUUAAUCCAUUUUGUACCAGAGAAAUGAGGCAUUUUCCUCAAGUCAGUUAUUGGAAAAUGAUUAGUAUGCACUUAGCACUCUCCUGUCUCUGCUUUAAGAUACAUGUCCUCAGUGUUUGAAUGCUCUUUAAGUAUUGAUUGUUUUGUUGGCUAUGGCAGUAUUUGUAACACGCCUGGAAUAUUGUCAAUCUGUCAGAAUAUUUUGAAUAAAAAAAUUUUAUCAUGGUUUUUGUACCAGUAGUUAUUAUGAAUGUAUUUCUGAUAAUUUAAAGUGUAGCUUGAGAAGUAACAGUAUUUUUUAUUGGAAAUUGUGUGAAUAAAGCUUGCUGUGGAGAUGUUU